AUUCCCGCCCCCGGAUGAUUUUUAAAAAUUCGUUGACUAUUCUUUUUUUAAAAGGGUUUGAUUCGUUGACUAUUCAUGUAAUGUAUAUGUAUCCAAAUCUCACCUGUAUCAGUUACGAUUACCAUUUGAGCCCAAAUCCCUAUUUCUAUUGAUGGACUAUCAAACCCUUUUCUAUCUCACCACCAAAUCCCUAGCUCGAAUUUGUCUAAAAAAUGGCGGAUCAGAUCAAGCUCAAUCGAACCUCUCUUCCCCUUCCCUAUCAGCUUCAGGCGAAGAGGAAGGGCUCCGGAGUGAGGACUUGGUUCGUCGUCUCAAAAUUGGGGAACUCUCGAAUUGAAGAGCUUGGGAAGCAAGCGAUCAUGCUGAGGAGUGGAGUUCAGGCUCAUGAUUUGAGGGUUGUUGAAUCAGAGCUCUUGAACCCCUCUGCGAUUCUCCGAAGAGAGAGGGCUAUUGUUGUGAAUUUGGAACAUAUUAAAGCGAUUAUAACUGCGAAUGAAGUUCUGGUACCAAACCCUAAAGACCCUUUUAUGGGUUCAUUUGUUUGUGAUCUCGAAUUCAAGCUCUCUGAUUUUGGUGCCACUAUGGUAAGCAAUAAAGCUAUGGAGCAAUCACCCUCUAAUACGCCACCAGAUGCAAGUGAUAGGAGUCCUAAAUCACCAGCUGAAUGGUCAAAUAGGGGCAACUCAAAGCCAUUACCAUUUGAGUUCAGAGCUUUUGAGAUUUGCCUAGAAUCUGUCUGCAGGAGCCUUGAAUCUGAGACUUCCACAUUAGAAGAAGAGGCAUAUCCGGCUUUAGAUGAGUUAUCUGCUAAAACCAGUACGCAUAAUCUCAAACACGUGAGAGUCAUAAAAGGUCGUUUGGUUGCUCUGUCUGGGCGUGUGCAGAAGGUGAGGGAUGAAUUUGAACAUCUACUGGAUGAUGACUUAGAUAUGUCUCAAAUGUACUUGACUGAUAAGCUUGCCAGCUUGCAAUCUGAAGGUUUAGAAGUUGAACUAGAGAAUGAUGCAAAUGCAUUUAAAUCGGGCAAUGAUAGUGAUGAGGACAUGAGCAGCAAAAAAAGUUCUAUAGAUGUAAGUGAUCUCAAACCAAAUGUUGAAGAGUUGGAAAUGCUAUUGGGAGCCUACUUUGUGCAAAUAGAAGGAAUAUUAAACAAACUAUCGACUCUGCGUGAAUACAUCCACAACACAGAGGACUACAUCAACAUCGUAUUGGACGACAAACAGAAUCAACUUUUGCGAAUGGGCAUAAUUAUUACUACAGGAGCUCUAAUGUUCAAUUUAGGGGUCGUGGCUGCAGGUUUCUUAAGCAUUAACAUCCACAUUCCUCUCUUUGAUUCUGGAACCUUUGCACCCUGGUUUGGGGCUGCUGGAGGUAUAAUAGCUUGUUCAAUUGCUUUAUUUGCCAUAUUCAUCCUGUUGUUCAAGUGGUUAAAGCUUCUUGUCUAAGGACUAACUAACCUCUCAUGAGAGGUCAGAUACAACAAUAUCUGCUACAAAUAUAUCAUUAUAUAUCGCCAAUUCAGAUACAAUUAAAUAAUCUUUGGAACUUGUGUAUCAUAUAAGAGGGUAUGUUUAGUGACAUAUGUGAAAUCUCUGGUGUAUUUUGAAUUUUUUUUUUCCUUCUCUGUAUUGAGGUUAUGUAUGUAAAAGGAUAUCAAACCCACAACUAAAAUAUCUAAUUAUAUGUGUAUUCUUUUGA